AUGGAAGCGACGGCACCAGAGGCGGGCAGCGGGGCGAAACAGGCCGACGUUUUCAUAUGGCACUUCAACGACGUCUACGAGGAGCCGGUGGGCGGGGCGGCCCGCUUUGCGACGGCCCUGCGGGCGCAGGCGGCGAGCAAGCCGCUGGUCCUGUUCUCGGGCGACGUCUUCAACCCCUCCCUCAUGUCCACCGUCACCAAGGGCAAGCACAUGGUGCCCAUUCUCAACGAGCUCGGCGUCCACUGCUCGGUGUUCGGCAAUCACGACUUUGACUUUGGCGUGGACACACUCGUGAAGUACUCCAACCAGUGCAAGUUCCCGUGGCUGAUGAGCAACGUCAACCUGUCUGCCACCCACCAGCCGCUCGCCUCCGGCCUCAAGACUCACCUCAUGGAGUGGAACGGCGUCAAGAUCGGGCUGGUGGGGCUGGUGGAGGAGGACUGGCUGCAGACCAUCGUCAACCUGCCCCCGGUGGAGUUCCUCGACUUUGUGCUCGAGGGCCGACGGCUGGCCAGCGAGCUGCGCGCGCAGGGCGCCCAGCUCGUCGUCGCCCUGACCCACAUGCGCAUGCCCAACGCCGAAAAGCUCGCGCAAGAGGUCAAGGAGAUCGACCUGGUGCUCAACGGCCACGACCACUUCUACGAGGUGCGCAAGGCCGACGAGACCGGCACGUGGAUCAUCAACUCGGGCACGGACUUCCGUAAUGCCACCGUCGUCCGCAUUUUCCUCUCUGAUGGACACCCGCCUCGGUUCGAGUUGGAGCGCGUGGACAUUACGAAGCGAUUCGAGGAGGACGCCGCGGUGAAGAAGAUCGUGCAGGAGUACUCCGAGGAGCUGGAGACCCGGCUCCAGAAGGUCAUCGGCUGGGCCGGCAACUGCCGAUUGGAGAAGUCGUUCCUGAUCGACGUGGUGAGCAAGAUCUACGUGGCGACGGACAGCUCGCCGGUGGACAUGCAGACGUACGAGCUGUGCUCGGAUAUGAUCGACGUCGUGAUCGACGUCUCGUGCAUCUACGGCAUGAAGGAGGACUCGGACGGCCUGGCCUACGACGACAAGUCCCAGUCCCUCAUCAAGCUCAGCAACGGCAUGGUCCUCUACCUCCGCGAAGUCAACAAGUGCGAGAACUUCGAUAAGCACGGUCUGCUCAACUACAACUUCCAGUGCCUCAAGCAGUCGAUAACAGAGGUCUUCCAGGCCAGCAACACCGCCAAGUAA